GUGGUGGUGUUUGUGUGCGCGCGCGCGCGCGCACAUUUCGCCCAGUUCUAACAGUGACGUGAGCACGGUAUCCCAAGAUUCACGCACGGCAGCAGAGGGCAAUCCACUUGUGGGGUGAGGUUGUUUGCGUCGUCACCAUUUCUCUCUCUCUCUCUCGCCCUGGUGUUGGUGACUGCACCCGGUCUCUCCGAGCCGGAUUAUCGCGCACGCCGACGGGCCGUUAUGUUGAUCAUGCCCCGACCGGGCCAGUACGCAGCGAGCGCUUGACCGCCUCAAACGAGUUUCCCGACAUAACUACCCCCUCGCGUGUGUGUGUGUGUGCUUACGUGCGUUUGUGCAGAGCAGCUUGAUCGCAUCGGAGUGUAUCGUAUCGCGGGGAUUCAAUCGGAGAGGUCCCAAUCCCAUCCGACGCACGUUGCCGCAGUCAUUCGCCAGUUCCCAGCCGGAGGAGAACAAUCGACCGUCCUGGAGUGGGUUUGGAUUGAACGGGCGCGCGCGCGUGUGUUUGUGUGGUAGUGUGUGGGCUUAAGGGCUCUUCCAACGGUGCUUUAACCCACGGCAGCAGCAGCAGCAACAUGGAGCGCCCACUGCGACGGUACGUGAAAGCCCACGGGUACGCGAUCGCCAUCUCUGCCCUAUUUUUCGGCUGCAUCUUUGUCGCCAGUAUUCUCAACGAAGAUCAGCUGAGCCGUUCAGCAAGCGAAUACGCUUUCUUUCGCUCGAGGCCGCUCGAGCAGCUCAUCUUCUCGAUUGCGUGGAUCGCGGCAGGGCUGAUCUUCCUGCUCGGGCUGAUCUGCGAACGGAAGGAGGCCAUCUUUCCAUUUGCCACCAUCUUUCUGGUCGAAUGGAGCCUGGUGCUGGUGCAGCUGGUCAGCAAGCUCGAGCAUCGCGACCUGGUUGAGGUGGUCCUGUCGGCCGAGGCAGCCGUGUUUCUACUGGUGCCGUUGUACGUGGGAUACACGCUGGUCAUACUGUACCGGGCGUUCGACAGCCAGUACAAGGACGAGGCGGUGGAGGACAUCGAGCAGGCACGCAGGCCGGUGAAGUUCUUUUUCGGCGAAGAUCCGGACGACACUUACAGCUAGAGAGAGAGAGAAAGAGGACGAGAGAAAGCGAUUGUUACUGUUAAGCUUACAGCGAUAAGAUUUAGGACCUACUUUUAUUUAUACACGAGUAUUUUAAGUGUGAUUUUGAAACAUGCAAAAAAAAUCCCCCCGUGACAUUAAAACAGUCCAACAUGUCAAGAAUCCAA